CAGACACCGGAAAUUUCCUCAGUCUCUCGGAUGACAUCAACCAUCCUCCUCAAGCCGCAUUCCUUCCAUACGGUGAAACCUUCUUUCAUCCUCCCUCCGGCCGUUACUUCGACUGUCGCCUCAUCAUCGAUUUCAUUGGGGUCAAUUUCGCGGUGUAUGGAGCAACCGCUUUGGAUCGUGCGUUACUUGUGGAAAAAGGAAUUAAAUCUGAUUUCACCAAUGUUAGUUGAAGUGUUCAGCUUAACAUCUUCAAGAAAAUUUUGCCUAACCUUUGCGCCUCGUCUUCUCGUGAGAGGUGUUCGGAGACUCGCUGAUACUCAUGGGAGAGUUGGAGUUAACGACUAUAAUUACCCGUUUUUUGAAGGCGAAAGUAUCAAUGAGAUUAAAGAGCUAGUUCCUCUAGUCAUCAAAGCUAUAUCUUCUGCAAUUGUGGAAUUGAUCGAUUUGGGAGGCAAAACAUUUCUGGUUCCUGGAAACUUUCCACUUGGAUGUUUCCCUGCGUAUCUUACUCUAUUUGAGACCUCGGAAAAAGAACACGACCCUUUUACAGGUUGUAUCCCAUGGCUCAACGACUUUGGAGAGUACCAUAAUGAACAGCUUAAGACAGAACUUACACAACUCCAAAAGCUCUACCCUCAUGUCUGUUAGAACUCGUUUUUGACAAAGUGGUGCAAACCAUUUUUCAAAGGAUUUUUUCGACGGAGACGUCUGUCGAAAAGACCAGAAUUUGGGCACGAUGUAAUCAUCACCGUGAACACUAUGCGUUAGUGUAUUUGUUGGUCAAAAUCAGAGUUGUGUUGAAUGAGAAAUGGAGGUCCAAAGUGAAUGAUGUGUAAAACUUAUAAAGCUUUAAAUUUGACUAAGUAUAAAAUAUUUAGCAAAUGGAUCACUUUGGAUAUUUGGGUUAGAAUUUAAUUU